AGUUAUCCUACUUCGAUGUCCAGAGACUUCUCUGUCUACGAGUCAGAGAGGGCUCAACAGAGCGGCUGUAGUAAUGGCGGAGGAAGAGGAGGAGGUGAACUACGCUUCGGUUGUGUUCAAAGCCGGCAACAAUCCUCCACCUGCGGCAAAAAGAGGGGAGGAAACUGUGUACGGUGAGCUGAAGGUGCAGAACGAAACAAAGAACGAGGACUCAGCAGGACGUCGGCGCUUUCAGCACUUGGCUUGUUGUUUGGGGAUUCUCUGUGUCAUUCUGCUGGGUGGCAUCAUCGGAGUCUGCGUCUACCUUACAUUAAUUCAUGAGAGUGGUCCGAACGAGUUAAAAGAAAACUCAUCUCUACGGGCAAACAACACAAAACUCAGCUUAGAAAAUGCAAACUUGACGAGGGACAACAAGAAUCUGGAGGACCAGUUGGGCAACCUGACACAAGCCUAUAAUGUCUCAGAGAGAAACGUCAAAGACCUUUCUGCAGAAGUCCAGGAGCUGACAACACAAAACAAGGAGCUGGAGAACCAGAAGAAGAACUUGAAACAGAAAAUACAAAACCUGACAACAAACUGGAAUGAGCUCAGCAUCAGUCGAGCUCAGUGGAACAUCGAUUCCUACUGCUUAGGAAACACCGAUAAUAAGUGUCAACCUUGUCAGAAGGGUUGGACACUCACUGAGCCCAGCUGCUAUGCGUAUAAUGACGCUGAGCCUGCUAAUCAAAAAACCUGGGAAGAAGCUCAAGAAGACUGCAGAGGAAAGAAUUCAGAUUUGGCUGUUGCACAUAAUUCAGAGGAAAAGGAAGCAAUCAAGAAAAACAGCUUUGGAUCUAAUGGAUUCUGGAUUGGUCUGAGAGUUGAAGAUGGGAAAUGGAAGUGGGUGGAUGGAAGUGAUCUGACUGAAAGCUCCUGGAUAGAUCCUCCUGCUGACGGUCGCUGUGCAUUGAUUUUCAAGGGCAGAAACACAUGGUCAUCAGUGAGCUGUGGUGAGAAACAUCAAUGGAUCUGCCAGAAGAAGGCUCUCUCUGUUUAAACAAAGCAGUCAUACUAAGAAGGUUACUGGAAACUCUUUGAGAAACAGAUGAAUUACUUGUGAAUAAAAACUAAUUCCAAACAAAAAUAUAAAA